UCUGGUUAACAACUCAGAAAGCUUUGUAGGCGAAACGUCAGAAUUUGUUGAAUUUUAUCAAAACUAAUAGUAAAUUCUUAGUAAGAUUCAUUUAACAUGGUCCGGUUUUGACAAAACUAAGUGUUUACAUCGAAUGUUCUGCAUAAUAACUCAUUUUAAUUGCUUAUUUUUAUGCUCCCACCCACAGAAAAGUGCCAUCUACCAGAGCAUCAAGCAAGCUUCCGGCUAUGGGGCGGACUCGGGCAGCCCCACGACGCAGUUCAACGUGCUGGGGAUGCUCGCCCAGCGCCAGAGCGGCUUCGGCCCCAAGGGCGGCGCGUUCGUGCAGAGCGACAAGUGCAAGAUCAGCAAUCUGUUCGUGCCGAACCGGACCGAGCGGUCGAUCGUGAACUGCAACUCGAAGGUGUUUUGCGGGCGGUUCUCGCGGGACGGGUCCCAGUUUAUCAGUGCCAGCCAGGACAGCCGGAUUCGGGUGUUUGACGCGAGUAACAGUCAGUAUCCGAUGAUCAGGCAGAUCGAGGCCAAGAACGUGUCGUGGUCCAUCUUGGACAUUGACUUUAGCCCGGACGGGGAGCACUUUGUGUACUCGACGUGGGCGGAUGCUCUGUUCGUGUCCCGCAUGUACAACAUGGCCUCCGACGACAUUCACUGUCUGUUUCUGCGACCGGAGCGGCAAAAGUUUGGCGUGUUUACCGUGGCGUACUCCAACUGUGGCAAACAGAUCCUGGCCGGCGCCAACGACGGUUGCCUGUACGCGUACGAUCUGGUUGGCAACAGGCGAGUGCUGAUGGUCCCCGUGGCGGAACACGACGUGAACGCCGUCGGGUUCCUGGAUGAGACGUCCAACAUAUUCUUCAGUGGCACAGACAACGGGAUCAUUAAGGUAUGGGACAGACGUUGCCUUAACGAGGACAGCCCCGAACCUGCUGGGGUGCUGGUGGGUCACUACGACGGCAUCACGUACAUCGACUCCCGGAACGAUGGCCGAUACAUCAUUUCAAACUCCAAAGACCAAAGCAUCAAGCUGUGGGAUUUGCGCGUGUUUUCCCCGGCCGAUGCCGAAAACAAGGUCAAGGAUCACCUCAGCUACGGAAACUGGGACUACCGGUGGGACGAGGUUCCAAAACGAUUCUACAAUCCGACAAAGUCUUUAGAGGGCGACACCAGCGUUAUGACCUACCGGGGUCACCGGGUUCAGAAGAGUCUGAUCAGAGCCAAAUUCUCGCCAGCGGCCACCACCGGCCAGCGAUACAUCUACACCGGGUGCGGCACGGGACGAUUAAUAAUUUACGACACCCUCACCGGCAAAAUUGUACAGGCAAUCGAAAGUCACCGCGACACGGUGCGAGACGUGGCAUGGCAUCCGCACCGGCCGGAAGUGUUGACCUGUUCGUGGGACUUUAACGUGAACCUGCAGACGUUCCAGUGCGCGGAGAACGCGAAAAAGAAGACCUGUCCGUACGCGUCGCGGACGCGCCGCAUCGAGGACACCGACGACGACAGCGAGGACGAGAGCCCCCCGCUGAGGCGGUCGCGCCGCAUCGCCGAGCUGCGGCGGGCCCAGUCCAAUUACGAUUAGGCCGCGGUGGCUUUUAAAAAAAAACUUUGUCUAAGUCCCUUUUUCCCCUUCGGUUCUAGAGCUUUCCCCUUCUUUUUAGCAAACAAAACCGAUAUUUUAGUUUGUUUUCUAAAUUGUCAAUGUAUUUUUUUUCUUUUCUUUUCGAUUUAUGCAUGACGGGGAAGUGGAGUGUGUAAUAUAAUAAAUUUAAAAACUAAUAAUUGUGAAAACGGAAGUGGACUCUUCGAGUGAGAGAACCGUUGUCGGUUCGGUUGGAAUCCUUUGAAUAAAAAUGAAGGAAUAACUUUGUGUUAAAAAGAAUUGAACUAUACAGGUGAACGGUUCUUGGUGGAGCCAGCUAUAGUUUAGUUCUAUGAUUGCUAAUGUUUUGCUAUAAAUUAUUACCUCCUAAAUUUUAUUAGCUAACCAGACCGGAUAACAGCAGCAACACGUUACAAUGGAUAAGAUUACAAUAAAGACAUCAAUGAGAUUGUUCAAA